AUGGCCGACGUAUUGGACAAGUUAUCGGACACUGAGUUGCGCGAGACUCUGCUUCAACACGGAAUCAAUUGUGGACCUGUUACUGAAACUACACGCUCACUCUACUUAAAGAAACUUCGCAAGGCCAUUGGAACUGAUGCAUCGGUUUUGGAAGAGUCAUCGGCUUCUGCUACAGUCAACGAGCAGACGCCAAACCUCAAGCUGACACCAACUCGAGAAAGAUCCUCUCCAAAUAGACUUUAUCCGGAUUUAUCUCCCCAACUUAAGCAACGCACUAUCAAGAAAUCGGAUGAAGCUGAAUCAGGAUCGGGAAGUGAGUCGGAGAUGCACGGUGAGGAGAGCUUCCGAUAUGUUUCACGCGAAUCGUCACCAAGUACAAACGGAAACUCGACUUUCAAGAAGCUUUUGCUCUGGAUUCUGCUUUUCGUCGUUCUUGCAGUCUUUGGGUACUACCUUGCCACCAACAUUGAGAAACUCUACGUUUCUGAAGAUGCUGAAACUAUU